CCAGUUUCCCGAAUGUGUAAUUCGACGUUAAAGUGUAGGUCUUGAAAGAACUUGGAUCUUGAUGUCAACAAACCUGGUUUGAAAUCCUGACCCCAAAUUAUUAAUGUGCCAUUGGGUAAAAAGUGCUUUAGUUUUCUGUGCUUCAGUUUCUUUAUUCCUAAGAAUUUAGCAGUGUUUGUGUAGAUCUUCUGGAUUCGUUAUAUCUGAAAGGUUGUUACUUAAUUUCAAACUUUAAUAAACAUAUUUAGUAAGGAUAUAUGCACAGAAAGUCUCUCUCACACACACAGAGGUCCGUUAAGUGGUGUUGCUUGAAAAUGCCUAUUCUGCAGUUACAUGGGCCAUUUGGGGACGAUGCAUAUUCUAAGUAACAAACUACCUUCUUCUUGAGUUUGCUUUUGAUGGGAGCGUGUUGCAUAAUAGGCAACAGUCAGAUAAUCUGCUUUGUUAUUUUGGUAGUAUAAAAGAUUCAUACAUAAUGAGUAUCUGCUCUCAAAGAUGCUUUUGUACACUCUCCCCUGUUUCAGCGUUUAUGCUGUUGUCGUGUUUUAAGUAGGACUCUCUCCUGACAGUGUGUGUUAAUAACUGGAAAAUUCCCUAUCAGUAGACUAGCACCAUCUUGGCAAGCCUGUGGUCUGCGCCUACCUUGCUAAUUGUUUCCUUGGGAUUAUUUGGAUUGUGUAGAAAGCCUUUUGCAAAUCCUCUUAUUACUGAAGUCAUUGUUGCCAGCAGGAAUAAGAUUAAAGGUGCUUAAGUCUGUAGAGUUGUUUCUAAUUUGUUCAUGUCAUUUCAGUGGCAUUUUAACAGAACUCUGUCUCCUGUCCCUCCCUUCUCCCCCGGUACUACCUCAAGUUAGGUCCAAGAUGCCAGGCCAUUGGAAGAAAUCUCAUUUUAUGCUCCUAAUUAUUAUGCUGGCACUCAGGAGAUAAUUUUUCCCUUCAUGCACUGCCAAUUAAUAUGCAAAUGAGCUGAUAAAUAUUUAUGUAUUCAUUUAAAUUAUGCAGGGAGUGCUUUCAGUGUAUUCUGUAAAUGAAUUGUUCCUGGACUUCAAAGUACUGGCUGCUGUGCUAACGAGGAGAGAUUUGCAUAAGGCCCUAAUCACAUGCAUACUGAUUAAGCUUCAUUAUGGAAACUGCCAGCUGCAAUCUUUGUUUCUAUUUUAUUACAAAAAGGGGAACUUUUCAUGCUUCAGUUGCCUUGACAAUGUCAGUCCUAGCUGGUAGAAGAGACUAAAACUCCUCUGAGCAACUGAAGUUUCCUUAUUCAGUUGAAGAUUGCUAUGGUGUAACUGAAGUUGUAUUUUGCUUCUCUUAUUAAUCCACUUUCCACCCCUCCCACCCUUGUUCUCUUAAGAACCUAGUACAGAUUGUUAGAAAUAGUAGUACCUUCCUUUCUCCACCCCAAACGCUACCUAUUCCUUGUUGCUUUGGACUGUCUGCACCUCCUGAAGAUCUUACAGCAAUGCUGGACUGCAGUGACUGUGUUCUAGACUCAAGAAUGAACAAUCCGUCAGAAACCAAUAAAUCAUCUAUGGAGAGUGGAGAUGCCAGCACAGGCACACAGACCAAUGGCCUGGACUUCCAGAAGCAGCCAGUGCCUGUUGGAGGAGCAAUCUCAACAGCCCAGGCCCAGGCCUUCCUUGGACAUCUUCACCAGGUCCAGCUCGCUGGGACAAGUCUACAGGCUGCUGCUCAGUCUUUGAAUGUACAGUCUAAAUCUAGUGAAGAAUCCGGGGAUUCGCAGCAGUCAAGCCAGCCUUCCCAGCAGCCGUCAGUGCAGUCAGCCAUUCCCCAGACCCAGCUAAUGCUGGCUGGUGGACAAAUAACUGGGCUUACUUUGACACCAGCCCAGCAACAGUUAUUACUACAGCAGGCACAGGCACAGGCCCAGCUUCUGGCUGCUGCAGUGCAGCAGCACUCCGCCAGCCAACAACACAGUGCUGCUGGGGCCACCAUCUCAGCCUCCGCUGCCACGCCCAUGACGCAGAUCCCCCUCUCUCAGCCCAUACAGAUUGCACAGGAUCUUCAGCAGUUGCAACAGCUUCAGCAGCAAAAUCUCAACUUGCAACAGUUUGUGUUGGUGCAUCCAACCACCAACUUGCAACCAGCACAGUUUAUCAUCUCACAGACCCCCCAGGGCCAGCAGGGUCUCCUGCAAGCGCAAAAUCUUUUAACGCAACUACCUCAGCAAAGCCAAGCCAACCUCCUACAGCCACAGCCAAGCAUCACCCUCACCUCCCAGCCCGCCACCCCAACUCGCACAAUAGCAGCAACCCCAAUUCAGACACUUCCACAGAGCCAGGCAACACCAAAGCGAAUUGAUACUCCCAGCUUGGAGGAGCCCAGUGACCUUGAGGAGCUUGAGCAAUUUGCCAAGACCUUCAAACAAAGACGAAUCAAACUUGGAUUCACUCAGGGUGACGUUGGGCUCGCUAUGGGGAAAUUAUAUGGAAAUGACUUCAGCCAAACCACCAUCUCUCGCUUUGAAGCCUUGAACCUCAGCUUUAAGAACAUGUGCAAGUUAAAGCCACUUUUAGAGAAGUGGCUAAAUGAUGCAGAGAACCUCUCGUCUGAUUCUACAGCAUCUAGCCCAAGUGCCCUGAAUUCUCCAGGGUUGGGGGCUGAGGGCUUGAAUCGUAGGAGGAAAAAACGCACCAGCAUAGAGACCAACAUUCGUGUGGCCUUAGAGAAGAGUUUCAUGGAGAAUCAAAAGCCUACCUCGGAAGAUAUCACCUUGAUUGCUGAACAGCUCAAUAUGGAAAAGGAGGUGAUUCGUGUUUGGUUUUGUAACCGCCGACAGAAGGAGAAAAGAAUCAACCCACCAAGCAGUGGCGGGACCAGCAGCUCACCUAUCAAAGCAAUUUUUCCCAGCCCAACCUCACUGGUGGCAACCACUCCAAGCCUUGUGACAAGCAGUUCAGCAACUACCCUCACAGUCAACCCUGUCCUUCCCUUAACCAGUGGUGCAGUGACUAAUCUCUCUCUUACAGGCACUACAGACACCACAUCUAACCACACAGCCACCGUGAUCUCCACAGCACCCCCUGCUUCCUCGGCAGUCACAUCCCCCUCUUUGAGUCCUUCCCCUUCUGCCUCAGCCUCCACCUCUGAGGCCUCCAGUGCCAGCGAGACCUGCACAACACAGACCACCUCCACGCCUCUUCCCUCCCCUCUCGGGGCCAGCCAGGUGAUGGUGACAGCGUCCGGCUUGCAAACAGCAGCUGCUGCUGCUCUCCAAGGAGCUGCACAAUUGCCAGCAAAUGCCAGUCUUGCUGCUAUGGCUGCUGCUGCAGGACUCAACCCAGGCCUGAUGGCGCCCUCACAGUUCGCUGCUGGAGGUGCCUUACUGAGUCUCAAUCCGGGAACUCUGGGUGGUGCUCUCAGCCCAGCCCUAAUGAGCAACAGUACACUGGCAACUAUUCAAGCUCUUGCUUCUAGUGGCUCUCUUCCAAUAACUUCACUGGAUGCAACUGGGAACCUUGUAUUUGCCAAUGCAGGAGGAGCCCCCAACAUCGUGACUGCCCCUCUGUUCCUGAACCCUCAGAACCUCUCUCUGCUCACCAGCAACCCAGUAAGCUUGGUUUCUGCCGCAGCAGCCUCCACAGGGAACUCCGCACCUACAGCCAGCCUUCAUGCCUCCUCCACCUCAGCGGAAUCCAUCCAGAACUCUUUAUUCACAGUAGCCUCUGCCAGUGGGGCUGCUUCCACCACCACCACCGCCUCCAAGGCACAGUGAGCUGGGCAGAGAGCUGGGCUACCACACGCCUUCAUCACUGCAGGGUGACAGGCUACCAGCUGUUAAGGAACUGACAAGUGUGAUUGCUUCCUCCCACCAUGUUGAGAAUGAGGAAGACAUGGAAAGAAGAAAAAACACACCAGGAAAAAAAUGGAGACAGGACAUUUGCCUAAUUUUAUAAUAAAACAAUGUCUUCGGGAUUGCUUCGUGGAUUGGAGAACUUUCUAACCAAAAAUUUAAAAGGAGAAAAAAAAAAAAAAAACAAAAAAACAAAAAAGAAACAAAAAAUCAAAACAGACAGACAAAAAUAAGUGAAAGGACUACUUAUCAUUUCCAGCAGUCAUGAUGACAAGCUAAGGUGGGUUACCAGUUCCAAUAGAGGAUGAGUUUUUUCUUUCUUUCUUUCUUUUCUUUUUUUUUUUUUUUUUAAAAAAUCAUUUUUAUAGGUCUGUUGUGCAGGCCAUUAAGUCAUAAGAAGGUGUUUAUAAUCAUAUCAAUUGUGUUGGGGGUUCCUUUCUUAACUGGUACAAUUUAGGCAGGCCUGUAUUACUGUAUCUCUGUUAUUGUUUAUAUACAUAUAUACAUAUACAUAUAUAUAUAUAUUGGACAUGUUUAUCUCUUGCUCCUGGAUCCUAUUUCAGUGAGCUCCCACACUGUGGGGAGGGAGGGUUUUGGGAUAAAGGGAGACUUACGUUCUUAACUUUCGGGAAUGUUCUUGCUGGUUUCCUUAUCCUUGAUGACUCUUACAGAGGUGCUAGAAAAUGAUUUUCUUUUGCCACUUAUGCAAGAGGCUUGGUGCAGAAGCUGAAGGCAGUGUGUGCAAACACUCCUACUUCACACACGCCCCUCCCCCACAGGUGGUGCCUUUGGAGCACUUUUGUGUAGGAAGGAAUUCCUGCUGAACUGUAGCUCUCACUCACCCCCAAAUCAUUGAGCAGCCCUGAGGCUCAGACCCUGUGGUGCAACAGUGCUGCUUUCUGCUACUUUCCAUGGGAACAGCUGUGCCUGUUGCAGGGCAGGGUUUGCUUCCGAAGAGCAAAGACUACUGCAGACACCUGACUUGGUGGUUCUCCUAAUUUCUUAUCUCUUUAAAAAAAAAAAAUGCUCCUACUGUUGAUGUUUGUUUGUUUGUUUGUUUUCAUUUUAUGAAAAUUUUUCAUCUAAACUUCUUUGACUUAUUUGGUCAAGAUUUAAUUAACUUACUGAAAUUGGGAAACACUUCUCUUCCUUUUUUUCUAAGGAGAUUCUGUUGGACUGUUUUCUAAUUGCAUAUCCCAGAAAGGUCACUAUGAAGAGCCUGAGUAGUUUGCCACCCUUUCCUCUAGAGAGUCACAAGCUUCCUGUCCACUGAGUGGCUCACAUGGUUCUCCAAGCCUGAGAUUUUCAUCAGUUCUCUGACUGAUGGAGGCACUUUGCUGGCUGGGCAAAGGGUAGCUAUAGAAGCUCAGAGAAAG